AUGGCAUUUAUUUAUGACCUGUGUGUGGUUGGGGCGGGAAUGACUGGGUCAGCAGCCGCUCGGGAAGCAUCCUUGACACCUUACUUCAAGGUGUGCCUUGUCGGACCACCGGAGCCAAAGGUGCGGAAAAUCACAACUGGUAAGGAAGUCUUCGGCGCACAUUAUGACGAGGCUAGGAUUGCAUCAACAUUAACAUCCAAACAUGCAGUAUGGGGAGUCUUAGCACAGAGGUCCAUCAAUAGAUAUUCGGAACUCGAGAAGAUGUCAGGUGUGCAUUUUUACGAAACUGUAGGAUCCCUAACUGUCGGAACCAGAAUAUCUCAGUACAUGAAUCAGACUAAAAACAACGCUAAAAAUCAGGGAAUCCUCUUCAACAUGGAGGUGUUGAACAACUGUCAGAUGAAAAACAAAUUUCCUUAUUUCAACUUUUCAUCAGAAGACCAGGGAGUAAUGGAAGAAAACGCAGGUAUAAUUAAUCCUAGAAAAAUGGUAAUGGCACAAAUAAGUGUUGCCUCGAAAAACGGAUGUGACGUUAUACGUGAGACAGUUACCAAUAUAUUUCGACAACCAGAUGGGCACAGUCGAAUUAAAACAGAAACUGGGCGAUUGAUAAUAGCUCGUAAAGUACUGUUGGCGACAAAUGUCUUCACAGAGUUACAUAAUCUGCUCGGAAAUAUCAGACCAUUGUACGUGCCAAUGCCACAGACAGUAACUCUUGCUGAAAUCUCGCCUGCUGAUGCCAUACGAUUGAGGAACAUGCCUUGCGUUAAGUACAAUGGGACAGGGGGACAAUCCUGGCCAUCUGACUACCCCAGGGACAAUGAUCAACACAUUGGUUUCUAUAUGCUUCCUCCUGUUAGGUAUCCGGAUGGAAAAUACUACAUCAAACUUGGACAUGCUGAUGCUAUUUUGAAAGGUCCAUUGAAAGUUUCUGAAAUACAGAAAUGGUACUGUGGGGAAGGUGACAGGUUAUUGGAAGAGCAAAUGUUCAAUCUUCUAAAGGGAGUAUUACCAGAAAUAAACUUCCUCAGUCACCAUGGCGACGCGUGUGUUACUAUGGUUACGCCUAACUCACGACCCUACAUUGAUCUGGUCAAUCCGACGACAGGCGUUGUUAUUGGUGACAAUGGAUGGUCGGCCAAAUCCAGUGAUGAAAUCGGACGUAUUGCUGCUCAGAUGAUGAUACAAGCCAACUGGUCGUAUGACCUUCCAAAAGAUCUGUUUAAAUUGUACACUAAUCUAACAGGUCCACCAUCACAAUCAAAAUUGUGA